UCCGUCCGGCCGAGUCCGGCUGGGUCUGUCUGGCUCGCAAGUCACCAUGAUAUUUUGUAUGCAAUAGAGUAUGACACUAGUAAGAUGGGCAGCCUCGUCAUGGCAAGGGAUACCGUUUUACCCCUUGCCAAUUAACAGCCUCGAUCACCCGUGCACGUGACGCGUGACUCCUUGCUCUGAGCGUUGAACGUGUUCGAAAGAAUCGAAACCCUGUGCCAACUUCCUUCGACGAUUAGGCAUAUUAGAACCUCCCCCUGAAGAUCUCCCUGGCCUCUGGUUUGACCAUAAGUGUCCUACCAUUAGGCAACUCGUCAGUGUCGACAUGGAUUGUUUUCUCUACCGUAUUGACCACUACAAGUGUUCCCAGACAGUAGAGCACGAGUUUCUCGUGCUACAUUUUACACACUGGGACGACCCCACAGCCACAGCCGCUAUCUGCAUCGACCGCUCUGUCAACCUCGCUAUUGGACAGUCUUCCGGUAUGCUCACACAAUCUUCAGCAUCAUCGGAAAAUCUUGCAAUAGACAUGAUCGAAUUGAUCGGUUGUGCCAGCAACUUGAAUAUCAGAUCGUGUCUAACAACAAAAUUCAAAUCAUUCAGACACAUUGCUUCACUUUCAUUUCCGAGUCAAUCCACACGGCCUUCCGCAUUGCAGGUCGCAGUCCUAUUGUCUCAAGUGAACCAACAUACCAUCAAUCACGCCCUCGGCGGUCAGUGCUAUUGGUUCGGGCAUACUGUUUUCAAGAGCUUGCAAACCCUUUUUGGACAGGAGGGGGUGUUUGAAUCAGACACCCGCGGCCGCUUUGGACCCAUCCCGGUAUUUAAACCAUCCCCAGAUGACGUCAACGUUAUAUGUGAUGGAUUCUGGAAUGCUCAUCAGCAAACCAUGAAGGUGGUGGAGGCCCGGCGAUCUCUUCGUCUUGAAGAACACAACAAGCUUGUGGAACGAGGCCGCGCUGACUGGCAACGUGAAAUCGACGAACGAGCCUGCGCUGACUGGCAACAUGAAAUCGACGAACGCGACUGCCAAAUUGCGAAGAUGCAAGCCGAACUUGAGCUAUUGAAGGCCCAACGUGCAGUUCCGAAUGACACUGCAGAAUCGCCAUCGCCGUCAUCCUAACCUCGUUUGUGCAACACCCACAUUUCUUUACAUUUCUGUCUCAUCGCAAAGUGUUUUGCUAUCACGCCUAGAACAGUGUAGAAUGUCAAUCAUGGGAAGUAUCAUUGAUGUUUUUUUUUUGGGGGGUGAUAGGUAGACUUGCUAGCAUGCUCGCAUACACUCCUACACGUGUUACGCUACUAAUACUUUGUGACGCUGAGCUUACGACCACCACCUCCCUGAUGCUAUAUGAUACAGUAGCUUGGUUCAACUUUGCUCGUCAUUUCUAGUUUUAUUACACCGCUGUAACAGAGUAUGGCUUCUGAUGUAAAUACAGUGAUUCUCGAGA